GUGUGUGUGUGUGUGUGUGUAUUACUGUGUUGUGAUUGGAUCUGAUUAGUCAGCUUCCUUCUUAUGUUGUCUUGCCUUCACCAUUGUAGACUAACCCUGAAUCACGUAAGAUGCAGCUGAAGCAGUUGUAAUUCAGUGCUAAGCUAUUUUGAAAGAUUGAUGUUUUUAUAAUUUUAAUUUUCUUGGUUUUGUUUUUGAGGAAAAGUUCUUCUGUGCAGCCCUGGCUGUCCUGAAAUUAUGUGUGUAGAACGUGGAACCUCAAACUUAAAAGUCACCUGACUCUGGCUCCAGAGUGAUGGGAUUAAGUGAUGCAUUGACCUAUGAUGAUGUGUAUGUGAACUUCACUCAAGAAGAAUGGGCUUUGCUGAAUCCUUCACAGAAGAGCCUCUACAAAGAUGUGAUGUUGGAGACCUACAGGAACCUCAAUGCUGUAGGCUACAAUUGGGAAGACACUAAUAUUGAAGAAUGUUGUGAAAGCUCCAGAAGACAUGGAAGGUAAUUUUCAUGUGCAAGUGCUAUGAAUUGGCCUCUGAAGAAAUGUUCAUGUGUCCUGGUACUUUAAAACAAAAGCAACAGUGAGAAAAAAAAACAAAACAAAACACUUCUUUAAGUGUAUUGAUUAUUAAAAUUUUACAAAUGCCCGUACCUCAAUGCCAGGUGUCUGAUUUGUGUUUUCAAGGCAUUUUUCUUUAAGAGAAGACAAGGAAACAAUACCUUAACUAAUAUUACCAUUUGACUAAUAGCCACACUCCAGCUACUCUGUUGAAUUGCCAAUCUAGUCUCAUACCACUCACAUAUUGCCAUAUAUAUAUUGCCAAGAUAUGUAUUUCGUGAUAAGUAUAUGUUCCCAAUAAGCAAAUGUCCCAUAGUAAAGCUGAUUACUCAUAUAAUAACAUUGCUAAGUUUAAGUGAGAGGGGCAGUUUAUGAGAGUCAGGAAUGUUGUUGAAGAGAAACCUAAAUUCCUAUACCAUAUCUCCAUGAUGAACAAACAGCCAACUUGCUUGAAUGCAAUGUGGAAAUCUUUCAUUGGCUAUUCUUUUUUUUAAUAGGUAUAUCCUGUGUCACAAUGGAUACAAGCNGUGUGAGCAUAGGGAUAUUGAAAUAAGCAAUGUACCNCUCUCUCUCCCAGAAUAAUUGAAAUGAAUGUAGUAGUCCACACUUGAUUUCUCAGUGUGAUACAAGUUUAUAAACAGUUGGUUUUCCAUCUUUAGUGGGACUAUAUCCAUAAACUGGCACUGUAGAAAAUCCCUCUGAGUACUAGGAUUCUGGACCUUAUUAUCUGUUUGUCCUGGUAUUACUUUACCAAUAUAGUGUGAAAAUGUAGUGUAUUUCACAGUAUAGGA